UGGUGAUCUUUAACAGUUCCUGAGUCAGAUUUCAUUUCCUACAUCCGGUUUUUCUUUUUUAUAACUUCCGGUUUUGGAGUAUACGUUAAUAUUCCAUAACAAUGCUCGAAAAUGGUUUAAACUGGACGUAAAACUGUCGGGCACUUGUGCCGGAAGAUCAAAUAAAUAUGGCGGAGGCCGCUGAUCACCAGCGGGGACGCGACACCAUGCCAAGGCAAGGCAAAGUUGAAAAUGUGUGUAAGCAGUGGCUUGUCCAUGAAGAUGGAGCGAUGGCCUACAACAUGCAAAAUCAAGAGAUUGAGCGACAUUAUGGUCUCAAUCGGUUUAACCGUCGGACAGUUCGUGAGGACAUUCCUGUUGCUAAGGUUCUACAGACCGAUGAGGAGGUUCGGCAGCAGGAAGAACGGUACAACGAGCUGCAGGCUCUCCGAGCUCAAGCUGACGAGGAUCAGGAGAUUGCUCUUCGUGUGAUGCAGGAGAUAGAGGGUGAGGAGGCUGCCAGACAGAGGGAGAGGGAACUGCGAGACGAGGAAAUUGCCAGAGCUGCACAGGAGAAGGAAACGCAGAAAUAUGAACGAUAUUUGGAAAAGAAGAGGGAGAAGGUCUUGAAGAAAGAACGCCACAUUUUGGAGAGACAACUGGAACAGCAUAUGGUCGAGGCCAGACUGGCAGCUGGAGAGGAAGGCCUAGAUGAUGCCAUGCAGGGCAUGUAUAUGUCAACAGCUGGGGACAGAGGUUCCUUCUCAGGGCGACAAGUCAAUGGGGGCAGAAAGGUGACUCCAGGAGGUAUUAUAGAAGACGAUGGAGAUUUCUCAGACUUUUUUGCUAUCCCUGAUCACAUCGACGACUCCCAAAAGAAAGUUGUACAAGAAAUGCAGGAUGAGGAGUUGGCACGACUACUACAAGAACAGGAACAUAAGCGAACUAAAGCCGAAGUUGAUCGAAACAAACUGAAGGAAAUUGAAGAACAGGAUGAGCGUCUCGCUAAAAUCAUUCAAGAACAGGAUAAACUACGUAUGAAGAGAGCAAAACAGCGCAAGAAACAACAGCAACAGGAAGAACACCGACGACAGCAGCAAAUGACAAACAAUAGUCCUGCUUCUCGCCCUUUACCUGAUCUACCGGGUCAAAGGUCAUCCACGUCAGACUCACCAAUGCCUCCAGUACAAAAGCCCCCAGAGCGUACACGUUUACGACGAGACAGUUUCCUACAGGGCAUCGACAGCAGUCAGAUUCCUCCUCCCUCCGUCACCGGCGACACACUUCAGUCACGCCAGUCUGGUCGGUCUUCACGCCCCAUUGACACCCUACCUCAAGAUAGUGUACAGAACGUGGAGAGAUGGUUAGCAGGAACAACCUCAGCAGCUGAUCCGGUGGAUAGUCACAUGCUUCCCUCCCCUUCUCCCCCGGGGAGUUACCACAGUGAGGAGGAGAUGCCACCCUAUAGGCCACUUCAUCCUCCGAAGCAUGUGUCUGUUAUAAACACUGCUUCCCCACCUAACCCUGCCCUACGUAACCAAACCCAAGACGAACCCUGCUAUGCGGUCAGUAAUGCCAUUCCGUACAAUAUUGCCGCCGCCAUUGACCCUACGUAUAAACGGCGACAACAUCAGAUACACGAGGAGACCGAUGUGAAGAUUCCUAUACAGCUAGCAAGCUCGCUACCAACCAGUGGAGAGACAGAUUUGGAAUGGGACCCAAAUGUAAGGGGAAGUCUCCGACGUCCAAAAGGCACCUGGAACCCAGCCUCCAUCUCCAUCGACGGUUCAUUACACAGAGAUGAUAGCUUUACUGACGAGGGACCCGUCCUGAAUCCAUGGCAACCAGUCCAAGGUCAGAGGAGGUCAGCGUCAGACCGCACCAAAAGACCCAAGAAAUCUGUAUCCUCUCCAACAGCUGCAACUGCGACAAAGGGUCAGAAAAACAACAGUAGCUGUAAACAGCAGUGAUUUGUACUAGUGUCAAAGGUUAAAGGUCAUGGCACUAUUUCGGUAAUACAUGUACACCACAAAGUAGUUCAGUAGCCACUAAUCCAUUUUCUCAGACGAAAACAUUUUUAAGUAAUAUAAAAUUGUUUCAGAGCAUGGAUUAUAUUACAUACACAAAAUGGAUAUUUUCAUGUUUAUUGAUCAAAUUUUUAACAACAUAAUAAUAUUAACAUUUCAUUAAGUAAUAUUUAAUUUUGCGUGCUUGAAUAAUUCAACUUUUAUAUAAAACCAUUCAUAUUUAUUGUGAAGAUAAGAAAUGGUACAGUAGUUAAUCUUUCAAAUCAUCCCCACUAAAAAUUUUCUUUCAUAAUUUUAUAUUAAGAAAUAUUUAUAGAUUUCUUUUAUAAUUGCAUUUUGCGGAGUUAAGAGUAUACAAUGAGAUGAACUGUAGACACAGGACUUGUAAUGAAUAUCUGUCCUACCUAUGUUUUAGCUGUACUAGGAGGAUUGUGAGGUGAAUUAAAAUUAUACAAGGCUCAUAAUGAAAUAUAUGGCUUUAUAACAUGAAAUCUGCUCAAAUGUUUGAUAAGAGCUUUAUUUAACAUUCCAAACUUAGGCUAAAGGGUUUGAAACUGAGAGGAAGAAUUUGACUGAGAGUGCAUGAUGACAAUAAUCCACAAGUGCUGUGAUCUACAUUUUAUAGAACUUGUGAUGACAUGAAAUACAACAAAUUAUGGAUAAUAAUGUACCAUGCCUGUUAUUCUGACAGAGGCAUAUUCUGUACACAUGUGCUGACGACAAAUUUUGGUGUUCUGGUUAUGAAGGGGGUCAUCAUUUCCUGGUUAAUAUAUCUUCUGACAUUUUAGUAUUUUUACUUUGUCAUCUGGAUAAAACCUAGUUUUGAUUUAAUUAGAAGGCUCUUUUGUAACCACUGAUUGAGGAAUAAGGAUAAUCAUGUAACCAAUAAUGUCACAAAAACCAACAUCCAUUUUUAUACAGUUAU